UCACACCAUGAUGGCUGCUGGCCUGUGUGUUACCUAUUUCUCCUGACACCACCUGGUAUUUAUUGCCAUAGUCUUGACAAUGCAUUGAUGCAUGCUGACAUUGUAAAACAUGCCAAUUUAAAUGAGGUCUCUGUGCUUCAGUGGUGCUGACUGCUGGGAUGCUCAGCCAUUGUGCUGUAUGGAUUUGGGGAAUGCUACUUACUCUGAUCUGAGGCAGCAAAACCAGGCACAAAUCAUUUGUUUAAGUGAAGCAGUUAAGCUACUGCCAUGAAGUCUGAGGGCAGACAUGGUUUCAUCCUUUUCUUGGUAUCAUGUUUGUCAUCUGCUCAAGGCAGCAUCACAGUGGACGACGUGACGUGCGGCUCGGUGGUGAAACUGAUGAACAUCGCGUACAAGUCGCGGCUGCACUCGCACGACGUCAAGUACGGCUCCGGCAGCGGCCAGCAGAGUGUCACUGGCGUGGAGGACCAGGACGACGUCAACAGCCACUGGGCCAUCAUGGGCCCCACCGGCAAACACUGCGAGCGCGGGUGA